GAUACACUGGAGGAGAGCAUAGCAAUACACUCCGGUAUUCUUGCCUGGAGAAUUCCCAUGGACAGAGGAGCCUGGCAAGCUACAGUCCAUUGGGUUGCAAAGAGACACGACUGAGCGACUGAGCAAAACACAGCACAUACAUGUGAGUUAUUUUUUGUAUUGUUCAAAUUAGUUGGUUUGCAUUGUUUAAACCAGUUUGGCUCUAACCAGUGCUCUUCUUUUACAUUUAUUAUUGAUAUCUGGUCAGAGAUAUCUUUGUGAUCAUUGACCCCCAUUAAUGGGAGGCUUGGCAGCCACUACUGAGAAAAAAUGUUGCUUCCAUGUCUCUGUAACCUGAAACUGUGAGCGGUACCAGAAAUCAUAUCUUGUUCGUUGAAGAAUGCCCCGGAACACCAGCGAUAAGAUACUUGGUAAAUAUUUGUUAAAUAGGUUAUAAGCAGUCCUCAGCAUCUAGAACACGUAUGUUGUAGGCAUUCUGAUAGAUCCUGAUAGUGUGAGUGACUGACAGCAGGUGGCUGCUGUGGAACCUGGGGAUGAUCCAGAGAACCUCAGCCUAUACUAAGACCCUGAGUCUACAUUGGAAUUCCGAAGGGAGAGGUCUAGAACAGCGUUCUGGGAGCCAUUACCAUUUACAGGUGUUUACUCAGAGAGAAUCCUGUUUUAGGGGAGCUGCCAGUACACUAAAUACCAGUGUAAUGUGUAAUGUAUACACUAGUUCUUUUUCUUUUUUUGACUGUGUCACCCCUCUUGAAAUAUCUUAGUUCCCUGACCCUGGAUUGAACCCAGGCCCCCCGACAGUGAAAGAGCCUAGUCCUAACCACUGGACUGCCAGGGAAUUCCCUGGCAUUCUUUUUUUCCCCCCUACAUUAAUUUAUUUAAAUGCAUUUUCUGCCUUUGACUAUUUCCUCUCCCUGGAAACUUUCAAAAUUCAGACUUAAGUAGGCCAAAGAAAGAAUGAGCUGUAUGGUAGACAUUUUUUUUUUUAAUCCAGCAGCACCAAAUUGGAAAUGGUUAGGAGCUCUCUCCACUGAUUUGAUUCUAUUUGUCAGUCUGUUCUCUCUGCUGGCAGUUCAUUCCAGGAUGUGUGCUUGAUGCUGGCCAAAGGUAGCAAGUGUACUAAUCUGCAUUUUGUUAUAUUUCAGGACUACCUAACUUCUUGGUGGAUGGUCUGGGUCUAGCCCCAUCUUCCAGGCUUGGAAGUCUAAAUUAGACCUCUCAUUAACAGCUUGCCUAAUUGCUCUCAAGAUUUAGUCGCUAGGAAUAGCUCAUUAUUCUGAGCAUCAAAAAAUAAAAAAACCAGUUCUGAUCAUUGGCUUGUACUCCUUAAAUGAGAGUAUAUUAAAUAUUACAAUUGGGUUAAAACUAGAACCUCUGAGGAAUGUUUAGUUAUUUGCAUAGCGAAUGAGCAAAUAUUUUGCCUGUAAUACGCCCAGAGAACUUGAAACUAGAAGGACCAUGUUCAUGUCCUUAAAAAGUCACCACCAGGUUGUUUGCUAAAUGGAAUAAUUGCCACCUUCCUCAGAGGGGCGAAAUGAAAAUUAAAGGAGAAAAUUAUGUGAAAGUGCUUUGUAAACUGUCAAAUGCCAAACAUGCAUAAGGGGUUAUUACAGUAGGAAAUGGUCCCUUUCAAAGGUUGAUCAUUUCAGGGAAGUCCCAAAGAUUGAUCAUUUAAGAAAUGUUACAAGCAUAAAUUACUAGUUUCAGUAUUCCUAUUAUGACAGAUUCUUGCAGACACAAUGAGGGAAGUAAUUGAAAUUUGGAGGAAAAGUCUAAUUAGUGUUUUUAAUUGAUUUGGAAAUACUAGUUUGACAUCCCAGAGAAGGAAAUGGCAACCCACUCCAGAAUUCUUGCCUGGAGAAUCCCGUGGACAGAGGAGCCUGGCGGGCUGCUGUCCAUGGGGUCGCACAGAGUAGGACAUGACUGAAGCGACUUAGCAGCAGCAGCAGCAGUUUCACAUCCCAUAGAGGAAUAUGCAGUCCUUUUGGAGUUUAUAUUUAAAAGUCAUUGUAAUAAUGAAUUGCCUAGAGAUUCAGCCAUUACUCGAGAAUUUUCUUAGGAUUCUGAACAUCACCCAGAGCACCAGUGCAAUGCUGAGGCUAUCUCUUUGAUUUGUCUCCUGGGAGCUUGCAGCUACCCUUUCCACUCCUAGGAAAGCUAGUGGAGUACGUGAGAUAAAGUGGGUUCCGAUUUCAUGGGGCAUGAUCAGUCAUGUCUGUCUUAUUCCAGAUGCGAGGUCCGAAACAUUUCCAGUCCACUCCGAGUGGAAGAUAAGGCAGUGGGCAGGCAGAUGACAGCGACUUCACGUUUCCCUAUCCCGAUUCUGAGGUGCCGCCGUUAGCUGAGUUCUCAGGCCCAGGAAAAAGCAAGAGUCUGGAGACUGGGUUGAGGGAGGAUGGUGCAGAAGACCAACCCCUAUGCACAUCCCCAGAGACCGCCCGAGCGGGGCGGGCAGGGGUCGGCGCCCCUCCCCGGGGCGGGGCUCGUAGCCCCGCAGCCGGCUCAGGGCUAGAGAAGCUGCUUCGCUGCUAGCAGCUGGCGCGAUGUACCUCCGCCGGGCGGUCUCCAAGACCCUGGCGCUCCCACUGAGGGCGCCCCCAGGCCCCGCGCCGCUCCGGAAAGACGCAUCUCUUCGCUGGAUAUCAUCUAACAAAUUCCCUGGAUCAUCUGGAUCAAAUAUGAUCUAUUACCUGGUUGUAGGUGUCACGGUCAGUGCUGGUGGAUACUAUACUUACAAGAGAGUCACAUCAGGGAAGGCCAAACGCAGCGAUCACGUAACAGAUUUGAAAGAAAAAAACAAAGCGGAGUUACAUCCACCUCAAGGUGAAAAAGAGAACCUUGUGGGUGCUGAGGAAGCCAGUUUAGAAGCCCCUGAAGUAUCUUCAACGGAAGCCUCUCCGGUGGGUACUGAAGAUAUUCCCGAUGCUCCCACUGUGGUCGUAAAAGAGGCUCCCCCCUGUCCAGAUGACGCCGAGGCUGCUCCUGCAGAGACCGUGGUGGGCGGUGCAGAACCUAAGCCAGAGAUGACAGACGCGGCGACAGUGGAAACAACAGAGGUCAGCACUGAGACGACCUCAGAGGUCACGAGCGCGGCUCCGGAGGAGGCUGCUGCCGUGGAUAGUGCUGAAGGUACAACGGAGAACGAAAGCCCUGGUGAAUGUGCUGAACUGGAAGAAAAUUCUCCGGUUGAGUCAGAAUCCUCUGCUGGGGAGGAUUUACAGGAAGAAGCCUGUGCAGGUUCUGAAGACGCCUCAGCCCAAGGCUAAUCUCAUGCUGAUUGACACCUCAGCAAAAAAAUACCGUAGUGGGGCUGAUAGGUGUUUUUGUAGUUUUAGUAACCUUAGAUUGAAAAAAAAAAAAAAGCUUCUUUUCUGGAAAAUGGUAUCGUGCCUUGAGGAUUUUUGUUUUUGUUAUCUACUGAUCGAUUUCAGAUUGGAGAGAUUUGAGAUUUUACAUGUCUGAAUAGUUUUCUGCUCUCUGGGAUCAGAGUAUGACAUAGCAGAAAAGAGCUUAAAGAAUUUCAUCUGUGAAUUUAAAUUUUAUGUGACAGAGAUUGAGCAGUCUUUACAACCUGCAUUCACAUUAAUUUUGCUAUAACUCUACCUUUCUUUAAUGUAUGUAAAUCUAGGUUCUUGAGUUUUAAUUUGAAGUCUAAAUAAAUUUGGAAAAUCUUUA